AUGCUGCCUACGCACCGACAGCCAGAUACAUACACGUUCGGCGAGGCUCGACGUCUCUGGGGGUCGCGACGUGCGCGACUAGUCUCGUUCGCCUUUGCCGUCUUUUGUAUCCUCAUCGUCCUCUCCGCUUCUUCCGGACCGAGGCUGCGUUUGUUCCCAUCUCCUUGGUCUCCUUCGCAAGAUCUCGAUGCUGAAGAGACACCAUCAUCACCUCCGCCCCCAUCUCUGCCAGAAAAACCGCCAUUGCCACUGCCGCGACCGCUAUACUGGCCGAGGCCUCCUACAAACAACCCGCCGCUGGCAGCAGCUCCAACACCUACCAGGGCGUCCAACUUGCCACCUCCAGCGACGGUCAUCACAGAUCCUCCACCAUUCCCCAAGCUACCCACUCCCGAAGACUCUGGCGACCUUGCGUUAUGGCGACAAAGGGCUGAACAAGUCAAGGAAGCAUUCGUCAGAAGCUAUGAGGUCUACGAAGAGUUUGCGUACCCUCACGAUGAGCUUCGCCCUGUGUCAGACGGCAUCAGAGACAACUUUAAUGGCUGGGGUGCCACUCUCGUAGACGGUUUCGAUACCAUGAUCCUGAUGGGGCUCGAUGAUCUAACUAACCGGUCUAUAGCCCAUAUUGCCAAGCUUACCUUCGUCGAGGUAUCCAAUUCGCCACACCUGCUACACAAGAACAAGCAGAUACAAUUCUUCGAGACCGUCAUCCGCUAUCUUGGAGGUUUACUCUCUGCGUAUGCAUUAGCUUCGCAACCUCUGUACCUUGCGCGUGCCGAUGAUCUUGGCCGGGCAUUGAUACCAAUCUUCAAUACUACUACUGGCCUCCCGCCGUUCGGUAUCAACACGAAGACUGGUAUUGGUGGCAUAGGCUGGCCAGGCAAUUCCGCCAUCCUGUCCGAAAUGGCCAGCUUUCAGAUGGAAUAUCGCUAUUUGGCGCAUUUGACUGGCAGGCCUGAAUAUGUCAAACAUGCAGAUUUUAUUACAGAGUUCCUUCGGCAGCAUGAGGAACACGACGGUUUGCUCCCGCUUGCGUACUCCUUAAAAAACGGAGAGGCGCAAGGGAAAUUGUAUUCUGUGGGAGCUCGCGCAGACAGCGCAUACGAGUACCUGCUGAAGCAAUGGCUCAUGACCGGUCGCACGGAGCCAAAGUUCCUCGAUAUGUACCUCCGUUCCGCCGACGCCAUCAUCGAGUACAUGCUCUACAUCUCCCCGCAACGCAAGCUGCUGUACGCGACCGACCUCCAGCGCACGACGCUGCGCCCCAUAGGUGACUUCCAACACCUCUCGUGCUUCCUCGCAGGUGUCUUCGCGCUCGGCGCCGCCACCAUCCCCAAUGUAGAUCCGCGACACGCCUGGGCGGCCGAGGGCCUCGCGCACACGUGCUGGAUCACGUACGCCGACGCUGCGACAGGCCUCGGCCCCGAGGUCAUCAUCUUCCGGGGCAACGCGGCGGGGCACCGCUGGGUCGACGAGCUCCGGAGCUGGGACGUCCGCGGCAGGCCCGGGGCGGUGCCGGGCACGAGCGAGGCGACGCCUGUGCGCGGCGAGGAGGACAGGGAGUACGAGAUCCACGACAAGCGGUACCUGCUCCGCCCCGAGACGAUCGAGAGCUUCUACAUCCUGUACCGCACGACGGGCGCGGCCAAGUGGCGCGAGCGCGGCUGGGCGGUGUUCGACGCGAUCGAGCGGCACACGCGCACGAAGAAUGCGUACGCGUCGAUCAAGGACGUCAACGCCGUGCCGGCGCCGCGCGACGACGACAUGCCGAGCUUCUUCUUCGCCGAGACGCUCAAGUACGCGUAUCUGCUCUUCGCGGAAGAAGACAAGGUCCCGCUCGAGCGCUGGACGUUCAACACCGAGGCGCAUCCGUUCCCGACCUUCACGUGGUCUGCUUGGGAACAAGAACAUCUGGGGAUUCGGUAG